AUGGCUACAACUGAUCCGCAGCCACAGCAAGAGCCAAAAUGCACUGAGGUGAGCCCCUCUUUGACGGCAGUGACGGUCUUUAGGGAUCGAGCACAACUCACUUACGUCGCCAGCGCCUCGCUUCCUGUUGGGGCGCACGUUAUUUCCAUGAAGGGAGAAAAGGGUUGGGAGAGUGUCUUGCAGAACACACUUCAGGUUCAUGUGGAGGGGGCAGAGAAUCAGCAGGUGGUGAUGCGAGGGGUCCGCUUCAGGACUCACGUCACCAAGGAGGAUGUGCGGGAGCGGGUCCGGGAGCUUGAGAAGGCACGGGACAAGGUUCGGGAGCUAAUUGACCAAAUUGCCGACAAGAAGGCGGCGAACGACGCCGUUGAAGCUGCACUGAAAAAGAUGGAGGAAAAGCUCCUUAUCAUGGGGGAGUGCGGUGUGGGGCCAGAAGUACGUGCAAGCAUGGGUCCAAUGGUCGGGUUUCUUUCAAAACCGGAAUCCUGGUCAGAACUGGUCCGUUUUAUUACUCGCCGCAAGCUGGCACUGGGAGAGCUCCGCUUGAAGCUUUCACGGCAGCAGGAUGAGCAUGAGGAGGAAGAGAAUGAGAUAAUAAAGAAGCUGGACGAGCUCACCGGAGGUAGGCAUAAAGAACGGCAGGAAACAUCGGUGGAGGUCAUGAUUUCUGUUUAUGCACCGCAUGUGAAUUUAAAGCUUGCUGUGAGUUUUGUCGCCAUGGGCGUCUCGUGGACACCGUUGUAUGACAUCCGUGUGGACCCAGAGCGGUCCGUAAUGGACGUGACGUACCACGCUCAGGUGUGUCAGGGCACCGCAAUGGACUGGAACAAGGUACUGAUGAAGCUCAGCACAGCUACUCCCCACUUCAGUGCAGCUCCGCCAGAGCUCAAGGAGUGGAAUAUCAGCUUGGAUCCACCAAAGUUCCCUGUGGGGUUCUCACGUUUUUUGUUACGUUCACUUCCUUCCAAUAACCGAAGAGGGAGGGGUAAUGAGGAGGCAUUUUCAAGACCGCAAGCCGCCCUAGUGGAGCAAGCAGUUGUUUCGUCUUCCUCCACAUCCAGCACAUUUCAAAUUGUCGGCCUGGCCACUGUGCGGAGUGACAACAAGCCGGUGAAGGUCACCAUCGCCACGCACACAUUUCCCGUGAAGCUGGUGUAUCAUGCGGUGCCGAAACUUAGUCCGUGGACGUACCUCAUUGUUAAGGCAAAGAAUACAAGUCCAUACGUAUUCCUCUCCGGAAAAGCAAAUGUUUUUGCUAAUAACACCUUUGUAAGCAACUCACAGUUGGAGCUUGUUCCAGUUGGUGCAGAAUUGACGAUGUCAAUUGGUACAGAUGAUGCUGUGAAAGUAACACGGAAACAAGUGAAGCGGACUAAGUCUACUCUACAUGCCAUGCUGCGCAACCGAAAAAAAGUCAUUGAAUAUGUGUACGAAUUUACCGUGAAGAGUUCAUUGACGGCAGAGGCAACCUUGGUGGUGAAGGACCAGUGCCCCGUCUCCUCGCACAAGGACAUUACGGUGAGACUCAUUGAACCAAGCAAGAAUAUGCUAACUGAGUGUACGAAAGUGGAUGGCAAUGACUGCAGUGUGGAUAACGGAGGCAUCGUGGAAUGGCGAUUGCAACUGCCAUCUGGGGUAUUCACGCGUGACUUUCGUUUUGCCUUCCAGGUGGAGCACAAUGAGAAUAUGGAUGUCAGUGGCCUCGACGUAGAAGACUGA